AUGAGAGACCUGGUGUUCCUGUUGGUCCAAGAUGUGUUCUACCAUUCACUGGCACUUGUCGGGGUGACGGCGAAUCUCAUCACCAUCGUGACCCUGUGCCGAGGGAGCUGCGGUCUCGCCGGCUGCACGGUCCGGUACCUGGUGUCUAUGGCCGGGGCGGACCUGCUGGUCAUCAUCUUCUGCGUGGUCCUCAACCACCUGGCCUCGCUCUACUUCCCCUACUCCUUACUCUUGCACUACCGCGUCUGUGCCAUCAACGGCAUCGCGAACGCGGCGGUCGUGGACUCGUCCGUCUGGCUCACCGUGGCUUUUACCUUCGACCGCUUCGUCGCCAUUUGCUGCCCGCGUCUCAAGCCCCACUACUGCACGAAGCGGGCGGCUUUGGUGGCGAUCGUCGCGGUGUGCGCCGUCAGCUACCUGCGAAAUAUCCCGCGCUACUUCACCUACGAGCCGGUUCGCGGACGCGCCCCCUACCCGGUCUGUCGGCUCCGCUAUCUCUGCACCAACACACCCUGGGUCGCCUACCUGUGGGCCGGGACGGUGUUGACGCCCAUGAUCCCUUACGUGACCAUCCUUCUGCUCAACGCCCUGACCGUCCGUCACAUCUUAGUGGCGAGCCGGGCCCGCAAGGGCUUGCGCGGCGCCGGCGUAGGAGCAGGAGGCAAAUCAGCGGAUCCCGAGAUGGAGAACAGGAGGAGGUCCAUCGUUCUUCUCUUCGCCAUCUCGGGCAGCUUCGUAAUGCUGUGGAUGACCAAGGUGGUCAUGUUUGUGAUGGAGGAGAUGCUGUUGGACAUGACUUGGCUGGUCACGGUCACGCAGGCCGGGACCAUGCUGAUGUAUCUCAACUCUUGCAGUAACACCUGCAUCUACGCCCUGACCCAGGCCAAGUUCAGGGAACAGGUGAAACUCACCAUCACCCACCCGUUCCAUUGGCUGCUCGCGUUCAUCACAAACUGA